GACAUAUAUACCAGUUCCAUACUCAUAAUACGAUUGAAAAGAUAAUUACGUAAGGAAAAACGAAAAAAAGGCUAAAAUAAUGUCUUUUUUAUUAAAACGCACCCUUGGUGCAGGAAAAAACCUUGGACGUGCUGUUCUAAACAGUAAUCAAUACACCGGACUCCAGCGAGUGGCUACAAAAACAGAUGUAGCCACACCACAGGUAGAAACCAGGCCUACUGUGGCCAAAUUAGAUCCUCUACAAAAGUCUCAAUUAAUUGAUUUUGGCAAGUAUAUCGCAGAAUGUAUGCCGAAAUACGUACAAAAAGUGCAGAUAACGGCAGGUAACGAAUUGGAAGUUCUUAUUCCUCCUGAAGGUGUUAUUCCAAUACUUCAAUUUUUAAAGGAUCAUCACAGUGCACAGUUUGCUAGUCUUGUUGAUAUCGGUGGCAUGGAUGUUCCCAAUCGACCUUUCAGGUUUGAAGUUAUAUACAAUCUAUUAUCAUUGCGUUACAAUGCCAGAAUUAGAGUGAAAACAUAUACUGACGAAUUGACGCCAAUUGACUCUGCUUGCGAAGUAUUUAAAGCUGCAAAUUGGUAUGAAAGGGAAAUUUGGGAUAUGUUUGGUGUCUUCUUUGCAAACCACCCAGACUUGAGGAGGAUUUUGACUGACUAUGGGUUUGAAGGCCAUCCAUUUAGAAAGGAUUUCCCUCUCAGUGGGUAUGUCGAGCUUCGCUAUGAUGAUGAGCAGAAGAGAGUUGUAGUUGAACCUUUGGAAUUGGCUCAGGAGUUUAGACGGUUUGAGCUUAGUGCUCCAUGGGAACAGUUCCCUAAUUUCCGUGGAAAUCCUGUUUCAGAAGAAGUAGUAAAUCAAUCUGGAGAUCAACCUAAAAAAGAAUAGAUUUGUGUAACCAGUAAAUAAAUAUAAUGAAAAAAUAAAUAA